AUGUCCGAUAAAUCUAAUAAACCCAAUCAAUCUAAUAAAUCUAAUAAGGAUAUCGAAAACGUUGAUGAAAUAGUUGAAAAGUUGACUAAUUCCCAAGAGUCGCGAGAGUCAGCAGGUUUGCCCUACAGAAUACCAGGGCCUUCCCGAAUAGCUGGCUCUCAAGAAGAUCCAGUUAUUAUAAGUUCAGACGACGAUGUAAAAAUAAAAGUGGAAAAAAAUGAUACUAAAAAAUCUGCCGACAAAAAAGAUACCAAAAAAAAAGUUUCUAAUAAAAGAAAAGAAAAAGCUCUGGUUCAUUCAUCAAGUAGUUCGUCAAGUAGUUCUUCAAGUAGUUCGUCAAGUACCAAAAAAAAAGUUUCUAAUAGAAAAAAAGAAAAAGCUCUGGUUCAAUCAUCAAGUAGUUCAUCAAGUAGUUCAUCAAGUAAUUCAUCAGAUUCAAGCGGUUCAGAGAGUGAAAGUAGUUCACAUUCAGUUUUUUAUUUAACAAGAAAUGACAUGCCAAAAGAACUUGAUGAUGCUUUGAGGAAAAGAAAAAAGCGUGCAAAGACAAUCAAACAUUUACAAUUUGUAAAAGAUCCUUUAAUCAAAAAGUUUGAUUUACAGCCAAUUAUUGAAUCCAAUUUGUAUCAUUCUCCUGAGGAAUCCGAAACUGAUUCCGAAAAUGAAAAAAAUAAAAUUGUCAUAAAAGAUUUAAGAUGGAGAUUAUCAACUUUACGUUCAUUGCUACGUGAUUAUAUCGACCGGCUGAGAGCAGAAUGGACAAAUCAAAAGAAAAUACGUGAAAGAAUUAUUGAUCCCAAUAAUUUUAGUGAAAAUGAAGUUUCGGCGCCUUUAUUGGCGCCGUCUUGGGCUCGUUUUGGAUACAAAGGUCAUUUAAAAAAAGCGGUUAUUGAGGCCUGUAGGUUAUCAGAUAAUCAAGAAAACCAACACCAGCUGCCAGAACAGCCGGAUUCAAACAAUGAUUUGGCUGAUGUUUUAUCUAAUUUAUCAAGAAUUUACAACGAAGAAGAGAAUAAUGAGGAGGAGAAGGAAGAGGUGGAGAAGGAAGAGGUGGAGAAAGAGGUGGAGAAAGAGGUGGAGAAGGAAGAGGUGGAGAAAGAGGUGGAGAAAGAGGUGGAGAAAGAGGAAAAAGAGAAGGAGGAAGAGGCGGAGGAAGUGGUGGUAGAAGAGGUAGUUAUGUUAACUAGUAGCGACAACCGACCUAUUGAUUAA